GGAAAAACAACAAAAGAAACAGGAUAAUAUAAUUUAUGGACUAUCUAUUCACUAAUAUGACAAUAAUGAAAAAUCCACGUUCAUUAGAUCUAUAUGUAUAGAUUCUAGAUCUAGAUGGAUUUCAGGCUUCAAAUUACACUAUUUAUAAAUAGAUCUAGUCUAUACAUUGCUAUAGUACAAAAAUAUGGCCACAAGAAGCUUGACGGAAGUGUUCAUUUUAAUGCGAAAUAAUGCACUUCAAAGCAGACACAUUUUUUCUGAACAAACGGCUGAUGAUCGAACAUCCCUUAUGUCCAGUGCUCAUCUGGACCCAGAGCUGGGAAUGGCAUCAGCUCGUGCAGGAACAUUACCACCUGAAUGGAUUGACAAGUUGACUGAGAUUCAGUUUGAGUUUACAAAAAUAAAAGAAAAAAUGAAAGAAUUAUCUUCCCUUCAUGAUAAAUAUUUGAACAGACCGACAAUGGAUGACAGUAUUGAUGAAGAAUAUGAGAUAGAGAUAAGAACCCAACAGAUCACUCAGAUGUUUUUUCACACUCAACGUUUAGUGCAACAAAUCAAUAACCAAAGCCACAGAGGCUCAGCCCAUGAACAGAAGCUGACUAUGAACAUUGUUUCUUCUGUUGCCAGAACCAUGCAAGAAAUGUCAACCAAUUUUAGAAAAAGCCAGUCAGCAUAUUUAAGAAAAAUCAAGAGUAGAGAAGAGCGCUCACAGCAAUAUUUUGGAACAAAUUUAAACAGUGACCCAAGUCUACUAGGAGAUGGACUCGGUGCUGACUCAGAUAUUGUCUACAACAAAGGCUUCACGUCUGCUCAGAUGCAGUUAGUAGAAGAUAACUCAGAAGUUGUCCAGCAGAGAGAAAAAGAAGUUGCUGCGAUCGUUAGAUCUAUUACUGAUCUGAAUGAAAUAUUUAAAGACCUGGCUUCAAUGAUAGUAGACCAGGGCACUAUACUGGAUAGGAUUGAUUACAACAUUGACAAUGCAGCCACACACACAGAGAAAGGGCUAGUGCAAUUACAGAAAGCUGAAAAGUACCAGAAGAAGAACAGGAAGAUGAUGUUUAUCUUAAUAUUAGCUGCUGUGAUCAUUAUUUUACUCAUUAUAUUUAUAGCCGUCAAGAGCUAGCUGUUCCUCGUGUUAUUCUAUUUCUUUUUAUUUAUUGACACAUGAUUAAUUGAUUGACACUUUGUGAGGUUUGGGAAGAAAGAAACAAAACAAAUUUCUAGAGGAAGUAGCAAAUUGAAAGAAAAAGUCUUCCUUGCGUUUACUAGAUUUUUAGAACAGUUGAAGUGAAUUUGAUUCCUUCCUGUGGCCAUCAGUUUAUAAGAGACAAUAGAUUGCUGUCUUUAUUUUCUGCCGAGGCCAAGCAUCUGUUUAAAGCUAGAUGGGCUAUGGAUUUGAAUCCAUGCGUAGAAUUUCAGUUAAAAAAUGGAUAAAUGUCUUCUUCAGAGCUUCAGCUUGAGACUUUGGGAUUCACAGCACAUUAAUGAACUACGCCAUAUAACUUUCAUACACAGACAAUUAGAGAUUGCAUACAUUCCAAAGAGUUGGACUUUUCUUGUGUUUAGUUGCUGUCAAAAAAUAUUUGAAUAAAUGUUUACUAUAUUCUUGGUGACAUUUACAUUUAUUUGAUUUUUUCUUUCAAGUGCAGUGUAUAACUGGAUGCAUUCCCAUCAUGUGUUGGUCAACAUUCUCAAACGUUUCAACUGGGCUGCUGGUUGGAAUACACUAGAUACUUUGUUGUAUCCAUUGGGGGGGGGGGGG